CGUUGGCACCAUUACCACAUAUUAUUGUGUCUUAUUUUACGAUGUGUGUGUGUGUGUUAUCAUCACAGUAUUAGUAGUAGUACGUGAUUUUGUCAAAUCUAAGUAAACGAAAAAAUAAUACUUGUUAUUCAAUCGUUUCAUUUACCCUGGUCAGGGCCAUCAUUAUAAAUAAUAUUUUGCAUAAAAGUUCAUUCUUUAUUAGUGUCAAAAUUCAUUUACUUUAAUUUUAACCUAUUUUUAUUCAGAUAAUACAAGAAAUAUAUUUUAAAUUGUUAUGGCUGGUUAUUGUUUAGUGCCAACAAGUGAAGGAUUAGAAAGUAAACCUACUGAGACUACCAGUUUAUCUCAAAAGUCAGAAUAUGUAGAAAAGAUUCAUAUUCCUGAAACACACACGACUGGCUUUAGUUUUCGUAAAUUAUGGGCAUUUACGGGUCCAGGGUUCUUAAUGAGCAUAGCUUAUCUGGAUCCAGGAAAUAUAGAAUCAGAUUUACAGUCAGGAAAAACUGCUAAAUAUAAGCUAUUAUGGGUUCUUAUGAGUGCAACAAUAUUAGGUCUUCUUAUGCAAAGAUUGGCUGCUCGUCUGGGAGUUGUAACUGGUUAUCAUUUAGCUGACAUGUGUUACCGUCAAUACAGACGCUUACCGAGAUUGUUUGUAUGGCUCAUGAUGGAAAUAGCAAUUAUUGGUUCUGAUAUGCAAGAAGUAAUUGGUACAGCAAUUGCAAUAUAUUUACUAAGUAAUAAAAUGGUACCUCUUUGGAUUGGAGUAUUGAUUACUGUUUUUGAUACUUUAUCUUUUUUAAUGUUGGACAAAUAUGGAUUACGAAAACUAGAAUUAAUAUUUGGUCUAUUUAUUACUAUAAUGGCAUUGUCGUUCGGUUAUGAAUUUACAGUUGCUAAACCAGAGUUAAAAGAAAUGGCAAAAGGUUUAAUAACACCAUGGUGUGAAGACUGUAAUGAACAAUCUCUUCUUCAAGCUGUAGGAAUUAUUGGUGCUAUUAUUAUGCCACAUAAUCUUUAUUUACACUCUGGACUAGUCAAAUCAAGAGAUGUUGAUAGAACUAAAAAAGAAAAAUUAAAAGAAGCUAAUUUUUAUUUUUUUAUUGAAUCUUGUGUUGCUUUGUUUGUAUCAUUUAUUAUUAAUGUUUGUGUGACAUCUGUUUUUGCUCAUGGUUUAAAUGCCAAAACUAAUAGUGAUGUGUAUGGUAUUUGUGAAAAUAGCAACAAUCCUUUUGCUGAUGUUUUUUCAAGAAAUGAUACUGAGGAAGUAGAAAUAGACAUCUACAAAGGAGGAAUAUUUCUAGGCUGUCAAUUUGGUUUGGGUGCUAUGUAUAUAUGGGCAGUAGGCAUUUUAGCUGCUGGUCAAAGUAGUACAAUGACUGGUUGUUAUGCUGGUCAAUUUGUUAUGGAAGGAUUUUUAAGUCUACAAUGGAGUCGAUGGAAGAGAGUUGCAUUUACACGUAUAGUUGCAAUUGCUCCUACAUUUUAUGUUGCAUUUUUUUGCAAAAUUGAAGAUUUGAGUUUCAUGAAUGAUCUUCUUAAUGCUGUCAUGAGUUUACAGUUACCAUUUGCUUUAUUACCAGUUAUUGCAUUUACAAGUAAUCCCCGUAUAAUGGGAGAAUUUACUAAUGGACUGAUAAAUAAAGCACUUACUCUUUUACUCUGUGUAACAAUUAUAUUCAUAAAUAUAUAUUUUGUGAUUACCUGGACAAUGAAAAAUCUAUCUUCCAAUAUUUUGUUAAUAAUAGCUAUAUACCUCUAUGGUGCAAUUUAUUUAUUUAUGUGUUGUUAUCUAGCCAUACAUUUGGCUAUUAGUAUGAUGAAUGAUUGUAGUGUAUGGCAUCGAAAUAAGUAUAUUUGUAAAAUAAUUGGUACAAAAAUAACUGAACGUUAUGAGAAUCAUCAAGACUUAAAUAUUUCUACACAAAGCAGUCAAGAAGACAUUAUCAAUAUCAAGCUGUAACAUUAUUUUUAUGUGUUGGAUGAUAUACCUAACAUGAUAGAAUUUAAUCAAAAAUGAGUCAUUACCACAAUAAGAGAAUUCAAUUUGAAGAAGUCAAUUUAAUAUGAAAAAGCUCAGAAAUUUUAAUAAUUAACAUAUGGUAUUAUUCCCUUCUUUCCUACGCCCUUUAACACUUUUCUCAUCAUUGAACCAAAAUUUUAUUAAAAUAAGAUGUUUUAAAACGCCAGAGGUUUAAAAUAUUAUUGUUUUUAAUUGAAGUAAAUAUUUCAAUUACGUUAAUAAUAUUUAAAUUAUCACUACUUUUAACAACUUCAUUUGAAAACAAUAACAAUUUUAUUGUUAAUUCGUUUUGUAAAAUUAUUGAUUCUUAUUGAAAUAUCCAAAAACAUAUGUGAUAGUAAAAUUUGUAUUUAUUUUUAAUACAUAUAUUUUUGUUAUUAAUUACUAUAAAAAUUAUAGGAAGUUACCUAUAAAGAAUUUAAUGUAAAUAGCUAAACUAUUAAAAUUUUAAUUUGUUCACAAUAAUUUUUUUUGUUUUUAUCUGACAUGUAUAAAUGUUUAAUAAUAUGCAUAGCUAAUUUGUUAUAAUGUGCCAAUAUACAGGUUUUAUUAUUAUUUAUAUACAUCUUUAUUAUUGUUACCUUGUAUGCAUUUAUUUAUUUAUUUUUAAUUGUUGAAGAAAUGUCAAAAAAAAUUCAAGUCAUCAAUAAAAUCAUCAUUCAUUUGUCAAACAUUAAUUUCAUUGUUUAUAUAUAUAUAAUUUCAUAAAACUUUUCUCACUUUUUUUAAGUUGAAAUGAAUUGUAUAAGAAGUUAUAAUAUAAUAGUUAUAUUCUCAGUGUAGAAGAUUAAUUAUAGUGUAAAAAUUAUUAAUAAUAUCUAUCAUGUUAAAUUACAACUUAUUAUUUUUUAAUUUAUAGAGUAAAAUAUAUUUUUUAGUUUGUCUUUCAUGUAAUGACUAAAUACAACAUAAUAUUUAUAUACUGUAUAUUGGUAAAUCAAAUUAUUUAUACUUCAAGUAUUAAGAAAAAAAUGUAUUAUAUUAUUGUACUUAUAGUUUUAAUUGAGGCAUUGACUUAAAAAUAAAUUAAUGUUAAUUUUC